UAUCCCGUGACCAUAGAAAUCUUUUGCAAAGCAAGAAGCAGCGAGAGUUGGCCUUUGGUCAGGCGGGCAGCAUGUUAAAGUAUUUUCAUGAUAAAAUUGCUGAAAACCCAUCAUUUCAAUAUGCUUUGCAGCUGGAUUAUGAGGAGCAUAUAGCAAAUAUUUUCUGGGCUGAUGCUAAAAUGAUGCUAGACUAUGCACACUUUGGUGACAUUGUCACAUUUGACACCACUUUUGGCACAAACAAGGAAUAUAGACCAUUUGGUAUUUUCCUUGGACUCAAUCAGUUCAGGGAGACUACAAUUUUUGGUGCUGCACUAAUGUUUGAUGAAACAUAUGCCUCAUUUGAGUGGCUCUUCCGCACUUUUCUGGCUGCACAUAAUGGAAGGCAACCUAGAACAAUUUUCACUGAUCAAGAUACAGCUAUGGGAAAUUCUGUAGAUGCCGUUUUCACACAAGCAUACCAUGGCCUUUGUACCUUUCACAUAAUGCAAAAUGCUGUCAAACAUCUAUCUUCGAUCAAGGGUGAAGAGAAAGAUGAGGGAGAAGAGAAAGUUGGUGAUGAGAAAGAGGAAGACAAAGAAUCACAUAUUCUCACUGACUUUGGUGCUUGUAUGUAUGGCUUUGAGGACAAGGCAGCAUUUGAGGAAGCAUUUGAUAAUAUGAGGAGUAAAGUGCAUAAGCAAACUUGGUUAAAUAGUAUAUACAAGGUCAAGGAAAAAUGGGCUGAAUGUUUCAUGAGAGAUGUCUUCACUUUGGGAGUGAGAAGUACACAACUAAGCGAGAGCUUCAACAAUUCAUUAAAGAACCAUUUGAAAUCUGAUUUCCAUAUUGUUAGAUUUCUGAAGCAUUUUGAAAGGACAGUGGAAGAUAAAAGAAACAAGGAGCUGCAAUCUGAAUUUGAAGCAAGGAAAUAUAUACCAAUGAUGAAGAUGAGAACCCCUAUGUUGGUACAAGCAAGUGAAGUAUUCACUCCAAUUAUUUUUGAAGCUUUCCAAAGUGAGUAUGAAAGAUCCAUAGCUGCAUGUGCUAAAGUAUUGGAUGUAGACAAAUAUGUUGUUGCUAUUGCUCGUUUACACGGUGAUUUAACUUAUGAGGAUGAGCGCAUAGUUCUGGGUGAUCAUCUAAACAAAACAGUAACAUGUUCUUGUCGAAUGUUUGAAAGGACGGGAAUAUUGUGUGGACAUGGACUGAAAGUUCUGGACUUGAUGAACAUAAAAACAUUGCCAACACAUUAUGUCAUUAAGAGAUGGACUAGAGAAGCACGUAAAGGAAAUAUAUUGGACAAGCAUGGAAGGAAUGUGGUAGAAAAUCCAAAACUUGAAGCUAUGCUUCGGUACAAGGAACUAUCUCAUAAAUUUCAUACAAUGGCACAUAAAGUGGCCAACUCUGCGGAAUGUUGUAUGUUAUUAGAAAAUGCGCUUGACACUGUUGGUCCAAAGUUGGAAGAAAAACUCAAUGCAUCUGCUAGUUCUAUGGAAGAAGCAAGUAAUGACCAAGAAAAUGCUGACCCAAAUGUGCAACAAAUAGAUGACUUGCUUAGAGCUGCGCAACUGAAGAAAAAAGAAGUUCAACCCAAAAGUUUGAGGAGAAAGAAAUCUUGGCUUGAUAAGAUGCGCAAGGGAAAACGCAAGGCACCUAAACCUGCCAUCUCAACCAAAAAAGCAGCAAAGCAACAAAAGAAAAACGAUGAUAUACAACCUCAAGUUGAGGUGGAGGCUGGUGGCCACAAGGAAGAAGCCAAUCUGGAGGAGGAAAACUACAAUCUCAACUUCAGUUUUACCAAACUCCUCACAGCUUCUACUUGUGAUGAUGAUAGUUUUUAUGGUGAAAAUAUGUUCUAAUAUCUAGAUGUUGGUUACAUGGUACUUUGGGAGCUACCAGUACUGCUUUUGAUGUAUUUUGGGGGUUUAUCAUAGUCUUUUGAGGCCGAAGUGUACAAGUGGUGAGGCCUAAAUGUAUACUGGGGACUAACUAUAGUCUUUCGUUUAGUGGCACUUGUUGCUAUAGAAUUUGAACACUUCCAUUGUUAAAAGCUUGGAAAUGAUCUGAACUUCCA